UGCCAUGGCUUCUGUGCUAUCGGACUGUGGGGUCGACUUGGACAUGGCCCACCGUGUUAACUUGGUCCUCCACUAUGUCUUGUUCAUUCCUGCACUUCUGCUGAACAUCAUGGCAGCCUGGAUCUCCUGGAAGCUGAAGAACAAGUCCUCCUUCAUCGUGUACCUGAAGAACCUGGUUGCUGCUGACCUACUGAUGACCUUGACUUUACCCGUGACAGCAGCUGACUGGAUCCCUGGUGUACCAGUGGCGCUGAAAGCAUACAACUGCCAGUUUGGACGUGUGUUUUUCUACCUCUGCAUGUACGUCAGCAUUGUCCUGAUGGGAGUCAUCAGCCUGGACCGCUUCUUCAAGAUCGUCCAGCCGGGUGGGAAACGUCUUGGCCAGAGUGCCCUGUUUGGGAAGGUGGUCUGUGCUGGCAUCUGGAUAGUCCUCUUCAGCAUACAGGCCGUUCCCACAAUGGUACUGACUAACAUACCUCCUCCUGCAAAUAGUAGCACUCGGGGUCUGUGCAUGGGCAUGAAGGCGGAUAUGGGUAAACAGUAUCACGAAGGGAUAAUUACAUUUUACAACAUAGUUUUCUUUGUCGUGUUGAUCAUCAUUGGAUUUUGUUACAUAUGCAUUGCAAAACGAGUCAUUGAGUCACACCGUAACUCUGGUAGUGUGAAUGGCGAUGGGAAAAGGAAAAUCAAAGCCCGGGUGUUCAUCGUGUUAGUGGUGUUCCUGGUGUGUUUUGCUCCCUACCACAUCACACGCCUUCUUUACGUCCCUCAGCAGAUGAAAAACAAGAUGAACUGCCAGUAUUUCUCAAUGAAUGUGGCUAAAAAGAUGACCCUGUGGCUGGCCACCACUAACAUCUGUCUGGACCCCCUCAUUUACAUUUUGCUGUGCAAAGCCUUUCGGAAGAAGUUUUAUGAGCUCAAAACACCAAGUUCCCGCCCCAACACAUCAACUGAAGACAUCUGAAAACCUGGACGUAAUAGCUUCUUGUGGCUUUUAAAAUGUGUAAUAAUGUAGAUGCACUCACUGUAUAUACAUUUAAAUAUUCAUGUGUCCAUUUCUAGAAAAUGUUUGCUUGGAUGUUGACAUUCAU